AUGGCUCCUAUCCCUGGCGAUUCGCUGCCUGUACGCCCUAAGCCUAAUAACGAGCAGCAAUACCCUGCACCUCUCAAGCUCAGCGGUGCUUUAGAUCAACAUGAGUUUGAAGAAACAACCCCAGUGAUUGGUCGUGAAUUCCCCAAAAUCAAUAUCGUCGAUGAUAUUUUGAAUGCACCAAACGCAGAUGAGCUGGUGCGAGACCUUGCUAUCACGAUCUCCCAGCGUGGUGUGGUCUUUUUCCGCGCCCAGAAUAACCUCACCGAUGCCCUCCAGAAGGAACUAGUACACAAACUAGGCCAAGCAGCCGGUAAACCCGCCGACUCAACGCUCCACAUCCACCCGGUCCUAAACAACACCAAUGAAUUCGGCGUUGACGACGCCCAAGUCAGCACAAUCAGCUCGCUAUCCCGCAAGAAGAUGCACCGCCACGAUCAACAACGCAACAGACGUCGCUAUGACUCCGCACAAUGGCACUCGGAUAUCCAGUUCGAGCCCGCACCGGCAGAUUACACCUCUCUCCGAUUAACCCAGCUCCCCAAGACCGGUGGUGAUACGCUCUGGGCAUCAGGAUAUGAGAUGUAUGAUCGGUUCUCAACGCCGUACCAGAAAUUCUUCGAGAGUCUUACUGCAACCUACACCGGCACAGGCUUUAUUCAAGCCGCAGAGAACGAUCCCAAGAAUGUAUUUAUCUACACUGAGCCACGCGGCAGCCCGUUGAAUGUCGGGAAGGAGUUGUCUACUGUUCAUCCUAUUGUGCGGACGAAUCCAGUUACUGGGUGGAAAAGUAUUUAUGCUGUUGGGCCUUUCCCGAAGCAUAUCAAUGAGCUUAAUCCAGAGGAGUCGGAUGAGCUUUUGAAGAAGUUUUAUACCACUAUUACUGAGAACCAUGAUUUGACGGUGCGGUUUAAGUGGAGAAAUGAGAAUGAUAUUGCUAUCUGGGAUAACCGUUCUGCUUUCCACACUGCUACUUUUGAUUAUGAAGGACUUGGAGAGCGAUUUGGUCACCGUGCCGUUGGUAUCGGCGAGAAGCCUUACCUCGACCCCAACAGCAAAUCGAGGACUGAGGCUCUUGCUGCCGAGGGCGCUUGA